GCUUUCUAGAAUUAAACAUGAGCUUCAAUCGGCAAAGAGUAGCACUGGCAUGUACUUAUUGCCGCCACCGGAAACGGCGAUGUGACGCCACCAAACCAAGAUGUAAUAAUUGCACCAGGUCAGGAGCGGACUGUCAUUACGAUGACGGACCCUCGCAAAGGUAUAGGCAUGCUACGACCUGUCCUCGAUGCAGCGUCUAACGAUUGCCUAACAGAAUCGAUACUUCUGGGGGCACAAAGGAAAUAAUAAGUCGGUUGAAAGACAUCAAAGACAUGCUGGCUGAGCAACAGCAGCACUUAACAGCCUUAUCAUCCAGGAACCAUUCUCAGCCAGCAUCUCGCGUCAACUUAUCGCAAGGCGCUACGCCAAAUACAAGUGAUGGAUCGCCAAUAAGUGCUCCUGUGAAUGGGACGCAAGCUAUCGACGACGAGCCUCCACAAUUCUCCUCUAGUAUGAGAGAGCCGUUGGACGUAGUAUCUGAACCGAUGAAUAUUCCGGCCGAGCACAAGACCUCUUCAAGUUACCUCCUAGGUCUCCCAGCUGUGAAAAUGCUAGUAGGUGAAUAUCCAACAAACCUAUUCUUCCUACUAGAGAGCCAGAGUCCUCUGCCACCGGAGCUGUCUCCAGAGCAGUCGCAGAAUCCGCUGCCUCCUUUCCAAAUAGAACGAUCGGUACUUGACCACCUAGUUGCCACCUUCUUCUCGUCAGUACACGUUAGUCAUCCAGUACUCGAUCAGGCAGAGUUUACAGAGAUCUACGAAAGAUUCCUGGACAAGGGAGCAGACUCGAGCACAGAGUCAGCCUUAUGUAUGACAGUCUUUGCUCUUGGUGCUGUUUCUAGUCUACCAAUGGGUUUAUGCCAUCCGCAAACUUCUCCCAAUGGUACGAAAUAUAUGAAAUAUGCUCUACCAACGCUCAUGCUCCGCUCAUUAUGGUUGUUUUCCUUCGAUCUCACAUUAGCUCAGGCACUUGUUUUGGCGAGUGUCUAUUUUGCAUAUAUUGUCCGUCCGCUUCAUAGUUGGCGACUCAUAUACUUGGCUACCAAUCUUUUACAGCUAAAGCUUUCAAGCUUGGAUUGCCAAAAGCAAACACUCAAUACAGAAGUCGAUAUACUGCGGCUAUUUUGGUCUUGCUUUAUCAUCGAAUGCGACAGGCUCGCUGAGCUGGAGCUCCCUAGAAGCAGUCUUCAACAAUUGACUGAUGACGCAAGCCUGCCCCGAUGUGGGAAUCUGGAUGAUCUUCACAUGACAGCCUAUCUGGCCGAGAUAUCUAUCAGACGACUUCUGAACCGCAUACACAACUCCCUAUACCCAAGAACACCAAAUUCUCUCAACACGUCUCUUUCUUCAACCUCACUGAUGACACCAGAAGAGUUUUCUAUCGACGAGCUGACUUCGAUCACCUCUGUCUGUGAAGAACUGCACAGUCAACUCGACUUAUGGCACGCAGCAAUCCCCGAGCAGUUCCGACCACCACUUAAUCUUGAGGAAAUAGACAAUGACAGGAUAUCCAUAUUGAGAAUUCGAUACUAUGCCGCGAAACAUAUUAUAUACCGACCUUUUGUUCUCCAUGUUACAACGCACACGAGCUCACAGAUUUCGAGUGCUAUUGUCGAGAAGGCAGGUAUUUGUAUCGAAAGUUGCAGUUUGUAUCUUUACCACACCUCUAAGAUUCUUCGCGCUCCAAGUCAGUACACUUGGACGUUUGCAUUGUCGUCGCUCGGGGCGGUGAUUAUACUGACACUGUCAUGGCUCAAUUCUGAGCUCCGGCACUUUAUUCCUGACAUAGAGAGCCUUCAAAGUUUGGCCAUUGAUAACUUGAGUCAAUGGAAUGUUUCCAGUAUCUCCGAUGUUUUGGCAAUACUUAAGGAGAUAAGGAGGAAGACACGUCUUCGAACAAGAGUCUGAGAGAUCUAGGAUCUUGAUAACGCAGGUUCAUCUGAUUGUCCGGAUUCUAUUUCACAGUACUAUAAAAGAUAUCAAGGUGUGAAAUAUCUUGAUUGAUGUAUAAGAGGAGUCGAUUCAAAUGUUAUAGCUCGCCACCUGUGGGCUGCGCGAUAAUCUUCAAACCAAUUUCAGAUGUCCAGAACUUGCCAUCAGG